AUGGUAGAAGCCAUAGCCACAUCAACAAAUGACAACAAGAUUUAUGGAGUCAAGCACAGAGUAGCAACCCCAUACCAUCUACAGACCAACAGGCAAGUUGAGAUUUCAAAUAGAGAACUCAAAAGAAUCCUUGAAAGAACUGUUGGUAACUCAAGAAAGGAAUGGUCCAAAAGGCUGGAUGAUGCACUAUGGGCUUAUAGGACAACCUUCAAAACACCCAUUGGUAUGUCUUCGUACCAACUGGUGUUUGGGAAGGCUUGUCACUUACCAGUAGAGCUUGAACACAAAGCAUUUUGGGCUCUCAAGAUGUUGAACUUUGAUAAUCAAGCUGCUGGGAAAAGGAGACUACUACAACUCAAUGAGCUGGAAGAAUUCAGGAAUCAAGCUUAUGAGAAUGCUAAGAUUUACAAGGAAAACAAAAAGAAAUGGCAUGAUCAAAAGCUAGCAAGAAGAGAGUUUGUAGAAAGUCAAAAAGUGCUACUAUACAAUUCAAGGCUCAAGUUCUUCCCAGGAAAGCUUAAAUCAAGGUGGUCUGGACCUUUCACAAUCCUCAAGGUGUCUCCCUAUGGUCAUGUAGAGCUUAUGGAGGACAAGACACAGAGGACUUUCACUGUCAAUGGCCAUAGGCUUAAGCACUACUUGGGGGACUCUUUGGAUGAGCAGAGAGUGAGCUACAACCUCAACUAA